AUGACUGUAGACUCAGUGACGAAGAAGGCCAUGCCAGAAGCUAAAUGUAUUGCAAGAGCUCGUAUACCAACAACACAAGGACCGGAUAUUUUUCUUCAUCUGUAUACCAAUGACCGUGAUGAUAAAGAGCACCUGGCUAUAGUAUUUGGGGAGGACAUAAGAUCGCGGUCUCUUUUUGCCAGGAGGCCUAACGAGACUCAACAGGAUAGAAUGAUAAGAGGUGCGUAUGUGGGGAAGCUUUAUCCAGGAAGGACCUCGGCCGAUAUUGAUGAGAGACUUGGACUCUCGAUGCAGUUUGACCGUGAAACUGGUGAACUUGCGGCGGACUCAUCGUCAACUUGGGACGGGCACACGGAAAAGACGUUGGUAAGAAUACAUAGCGAGUGCUACACGGGAGAAACUGCGUGGAGUGCGCGAUGCGAUUGUGGAGAGCAGUUUGAUAGAGCUGGAAAAUUGAUUGCAUGCAGUCAGGAGGAAGAAUCCGGCAUUAUAGGUGGCUCGGGGCAUGGUGUUAUAGUUUACCUGAGACAAGAAGGCCGUGGUAUUGGUCUUGGCGAAAAAUUAAAGGCAUACAAUUUGCAAGAUUUGGGUGCAGACACAGUACAGGCCAAUAUCCUACUGAAUCAUCCGGUCGACGGCAGAGACUUUUCCAUAGGCAAAUCCAUACUGAUUGACCUGGGCAUUGAAAACAUAAGAUUGUUGACCAAUAACCCUGACAAGAUUGAACAAAUUGAGGAGCCCGGAUUGCUAACGUGCGUUGAACGCGUGCCAAUGGUACCUCUACACUGGACACACGAACAUCAGGGUAUAGAUUCCAAGGAAAUAGAGGGUUAUCUGCGCACCAAGAUCGAGAGAAUGGGGCAUUUACUGCAGCGUCCACUAACACUACACACUCAAACCCACACGCAUACGCAUGCACAUGCACACACGACAGCUGUUUAA